GAGAGAGAGUCUCCAAUAGGCAAGCGCGUUGUUUUGUUGUCAAACGUCGCUUGACGGAAGUUCGUAACUCUGGUACGAGACAAGCCGCUAGAGUUUAUCAAAAAAGAUGGAGGUGGAGCAGUUGUUGUCUCUGUCGGGUUCGGCCUUGGCUCAGGCCAUCAGCUCUCUGCUGGAGUCUCCAGGACUCUAUGUCUUCUCAGAUAUACUGGAGUUACCCAACGUCAGAGAGCUGGAGAAUGGUCCCCAUGCAUCUGUGUAUCGGCUUCUCAAUCUCUUUGCUUAUGGAACGUACUGUGACUACAAAGAGAGGGCUGAUUCUCUCCCUGAGCUGACUCCCGCCCAGAAGAACAAACUGCGUCACCUUUCCAUUAUCAGCCUGGCCUCAAACCUCAAGUGUCUGCCGUACUCUCUGCUCCUGCAGCAGUUGGAGCUGAAGAAUGUCCGGGAGCUGGAGGACCUGUUGAUCGAGGCUGUUUACUGUGACAUCAUCCAGGGGAAACUGGACCAGCGGAACCAGCAGGUGGAGGUGGACUGCAGUGUGGGCCGAGACCUGGGUCCCAAUGAGCUCCCCAACAUCGCCAACACGCUGCAGGAGUGGUGUGCGGGAUGUGAAGCAGUGCUUUGUGGGAUUGAGGAGCAGGUGGCCAGAGCCAAUCAGUACAGAGAGAGCCAACUGAAAGUCAAAGUUCAAGUGGAGACAGAGGUGUCAAAUCUACAGAAAACUCUCAAGGCAAGCUCCGCCUCCCCGUCGUCUGGCCCCGCCCCCGCCGGUGCAGCAUCCAAUCAGGAUGCAGAUCAGCCUGCAGAACCUCGUGACCCUGCCUCUUCUCAGGAACCACGCCAACCAGGAAAGAAGAGCUCAAAGGUCAAAGGACUCCGUGGGAGUGGAAAGAUUUGGUCAAAGUCUAACUGAGUCACUUCAGUCCCUAACAGCCCCAUUCAGUCAUACACAGACUGACAGACCGACAGACUGACAGACAGACAGACUUUUGGACUGACAGACUUUUGGACUGACAGACUUUUGGACUGACAGACUUUAGACUGACAGACUUUUGGACUGACGGAGUUUUGACGGACUUUUGAGAAACAGGCAGACUUUGAGAACCAAACACAUUAAUCAUUAGACUGACAGACAGUUGUUGGGGUGGGACUGAAGGUACCUGGUGGAGGUGUGAUUUGAAGUGACACCAUCAUUCACCCGCAAGCCCCGCCCCCAGCGGGGCGGAGUCCGACACAGAGUCACCUUGAGGAACCCGGACACUGCGAUUCGUCUUCCCUCAUGCUCCGCUCCCUCUGAACCGACCAAUCGCUCGUCAGUAUCCCCUCUGAAUCGACCAAUCACCCGUCAGUAUCCCCACACGUCUCCAGCAAAGUUCGUCCGCCAUCUGGCUGCGCCCCAAGUCUUCUCAAGGACUCCAUUAAUAAACCGACACAACAACAUGGCUUUUUUUGUUUUUUUGUUUUGUUUUGUUUCAGGGGUUUUUUUUUGUGUGUGUUUUUUUUUUUUUUGAGUCAGAACCAGCGUGAUUGGAGAAUCAGUUCAUCAGUGAUACAGUCUGUGAUCUCACACUGGGCAAUGUCUUCUGUUUCAGCAGCUGCUUAAGAAAUGAUCUUGUUGUUGUUUGGGGGGGGUUAAGAAAUGAUUUUGUUGUCAUUGUUGGGGGGGGGGGGUGGUUAUGGCAUGUGCUGAAAAUGACAAAUAUUCUGAAAACUUCAGUAAAUGAGACUGUGUGUGUGUGUGAGUUUGUGUGUUUGUAAUCCAACAUUGACACCAUCUACGCUCAGAACAGGCUACGGAGUGUGAGAGUGCGCGUGACCUCUUCAGUUCGUUUUAACUUCUUUCGACCCCCGCGUGUGUGUGUGUGUGUGUGUGUGCGUGUGUGUGUGUGUGUGUAAUUUUCUGUAAUGGAGUUGUGUUGAGUUGGUAAUUAAGAACAGGAUGUAAAGCUAAUAAGGGAAAUAAAAACCUUCUCUGUAA